UAGUAGUCGAAUUACCACCGCCUCAUCGCGCCAUUCACGCGUGCCAGUGGUCCUUACUAGGUCGCGUCAGAACAGAAGCUCUGGCCCCGCCGCUGCUGCGAGCCUGCUGCUGCGCGCCCGCUGGUUUACCCAGCCACGUCGGCUCCCGUCUCCGUCGCGCGGGCCCCCAUCUUUCCGCCGUCACAACUGGUCAACCGCCCCCACCGGUCACCUCUGUCGUCGGCGCCCCCGACGCCGGACUCGCAACCGCCUUUAUCCGCUACCGGCUACCCGUUACGCGCUACCCGUUCCUCGCAGCACCGCCUUCGCAAGGCUUGGCGCGCUGCCGUUCUCCGGCGCAUCGGUUGUUGUAGUGGUGCCGGUUUCGGCGGGCAGCCUGAGCGCUACGUGCGGCCCGCAGUAGUAGCUCCUCGAUCGUCGCGCUUGCCGCCAUCCCCAUCGCCGUUCUUAUCCCCGCCCCAUCCCCGCCCCGUCCCCGUCCCGUCGCGAUCCGCAUCUCUGUCACCAUCGCCCCGUUUCGAGGGCGAUAACGCGCUCGUCGUCGUCGUCUUUAGCGUCCUCACCUCGUGCCGCAAGAUAAGAAGCGCCGCCGCCGCCGCCCCCCCCGCCGCCGCCCGCUUUUGUCGCCGCCGACCGUAAGGCUCGGCGGCAGCCUGGCUGCGACGCGGCUAGCCUGGGCGUAGAGAGGUACUCGGGGUAGUGUGCUCCCACGGCGGCGACGGCUGCGACAGCAACGGCGAGAGCGACGGCGACGGCUGCGACGGCGACGACGGCAGCGACGUUGGGCGGAGUAGCGGGCGCGCCACUGCGGCAUUCCCUGCGCGCGGACUUUGAGACGCCGCCUCUUGAGGCGCGCUUUGCCCCUCCUCGAAAUAGCCCGACCCGACGGCGGCACCCCCUGCGCGCGGACGAUGGGGGGAAACGCGCGGGAGGCUGUGGACGAGGGCGGGGGAGUGGCGGUUGCGCGGAGCGGCGGCGGGGCGCGGGCGGGGGGUGGUGACGUUUUUGCAGAGAGCAGCGGGUUUAAAGACAGGAUGGGGGAAGAGCGAGGCGCGGCGGAGCGCGGGGGGUUUGAGGUCGUCGGAGUAGCGCUGUGUGUGGGGAGGGGGGAAGGGGGGAAGGCGGAGGGGGACGAGGAGGGGGGGUGUGAGGAUAGGAAGAGCGAGGAUGAUCAUAAUAGUGGCGGGCAGGUGAGGGAAGAGGAGGAGAAGGGGGAGGGGAGGGUGGUGUUGAGGGGGGAGGGGGAAAGAGAGGCGCAUGUGGUGGCCUGUGGUGGAGACGGGCGGGCGGAAGGGGUUGUGGCGGAAGACAGAGGUGCGGCGGCGGAAGGCGGGGAGCUGGGGUGUGCGCCCGCGGGGAAAGAAGUUUCGAGAGACGGUGGGGGGAGGGCGGGGGCGCGGGUUGGGGAGGAGGAGCGGCAAGGAGAGGGGCGAGGGGCGGAGAGGCAAGGGGAUAAAGAGGAGGAAAGGGAGAGGGAGUUGGAGCAGAGCCAGGAGGCAGGGCAGGAGCAGGUGGGGAAGGCGGAUGGUGCUGUGGCGGGGGAACCAGCAGAGCAAUUUGGAAGCAGGGAAAGAUGUGUCGAGGCCGCUGGGAAGGCUCAGGUCGAGGGCCGAGAUGCGCUGGUGUUGGCUGCUGCUGCUGGUACGGGUUCCGCUGACAGUGAACUUUCCUCUGCUGCUGCUGGUGGCACGCUACAGGCAGGUGAAGCAGCAGCAGCAGCAGCAGCGGUACCCACUGGCGCAGGAGCGGCUGCUGCAGUGGCAGCGGUGGUAGCAGUGGCUUGUGCGAUACAGGCGGAGCGCGAGAGUGAAGGGGGUGCAGCAGCGGGCAAGAGAGCCAGGGAUGCCACAGACACCCCGUGGGAAGAGACAGAGGCAGAGGCAGAGGCAGAGGCAGAGGCAGAGGCAGAGGCAGAGGCGCAUCAUGGGUCAGAUACUCAUGUGCGAGAGGGUAAACGACUGAGAUGCAUGGGGGCUGUGGGUGGGGGGACGGGGAGUGGAGGUGGGGGAGAGCAGGAGGGGCAGGCGGGGCCGGUGGGUGAGGCAGGCGCGGCGGGGAGAGAGGGGAAGGCGCAGCGUAAUUGUGGUUCAAGAGAGGGAGUUGAGGGGAGGGGAGCGGAGGAGAGCGGGGAGGGGGAGGGGGGGCAGGGAGCGGGGAGGGAGGGGGGGGUUGGGAAGGUUGGGCAGGAUGGGAUGGAGGUGGAUGGCGUUAGGGGUGUGCUAUGUGGGGGAGGAGAGGGGCGCGAGGGAGGAGAGGAGUGGGAGGAGCGAGAAGAAAGGGAGGGAGGGUUGGGAGGAAGAGAGGAAGGAGAGGGACGGGAGGAAGGCGGGGAAGGGGAUGACAGGGAGGACAGGGAGGACAGGGAGGACAGGGAGGACAGGGAGGCCAGGGAGGCCAGGGAGGACAGGGAGGACAGGGAGGCCAGGGAGGCCAGGGAGGACAGGGAGGCCAGGGAGGCCAGGGAGGCCAGGGAGGACAGGGAGGCCAGGGAGGCCAGGGAAGUGAGAGAGGAACGAGAGGGAGGAGUUGCAGAAAGCGCUGCUGCUGCUUCUGCUGCUGCUGCUGCUGCUUCUGCUGCCGCUGCUCCGCAGACACUAGAGUGUACGACUGUCGCUGCGCAUGCGAGUCAGUGUCAGGAUGGCAUGCGAACUGCGUCGGAGUUAUCACGAGGCGUAGGGGAGGAGGGUGGUGCAGGCGCGGGGGGGGUGACAGAAGCAAGGGCACUUGCAGGGAGGCUGGCAGAGGGAGCAGCAGAGGGAGCAGCAGAGGGAGCAGCAGAGGGAGCAGCAGUGGUAGAAGGUGCUGCGGAGGAGUGUGGCACGGUGGAGAGGGAAGUGCAGGUGGUUGGGGUGAGAGUGCAUGCACACGCGUUUGGUAGAGCAAGGGAGAGCGGAGAGUUUGUUGUGCGGAGGGAGGAGGAUGGGGUCGACGGGCAACAAGGGGUGGAGGGGAGGGCACGUGAGGUCAUAGUAAAGGCGCACGGCUGCACAUUACCGCAUGACACUGAACAAGCUCCCCAAACAGAAGCAGUACGCGGGGUUGCAGCAGCAGUGCCAGCAGCAGCAGCAGCAGCAGUGCCAGCAGUUGUGGCAGAAGCUGCAGGGCUAAGCUUGUCUCUCUCGCAUCAAGGCGCAUCAAGCACUGAGACGGCUGAGGCGCCUGCAAGAUCGCGCCAAAGCGCACCAGGUACAACCCAGCAUGCCCUGUAUCCCCCUGUAGGCAGCAGCAUGGGUGCUUCUGGUGUGCAUCGUGGUGGUGGUGGUAGAAUAACUGCACCUGCAUCAUCGCAGUACGCAUCACCAGUGCAAGUGAACACACCCACUCCCCUGCCCACAGCCAUACCCUUGCCAACACCCAUGCCCACACCCACACCCGCUCCCAUACCCACCCCCAUACUCACACCCAUACCGAUGCCCAUGCCCAUGCCCACGUCCACACCCACACCGACGCCGACGCCCACUCCCAUGCCCUUGGCUAUGAGCACGGGCGUCACCGCACCUGUUCCUGGGCCCAUGCCCAUGCCCAUGCGGCCGUUCCCUUUCAUACCUGCCGCUCCUGCGUCUACAUCAGCAUCAACAACAACGUUUGUGACAGCAGCAGCAGCAGCAGCAGCAGCAGCAGCAGCACCAUUCCGAGCACCAGAAUCAGCACAAGAACCAGCUUCUGCCUCUCCUGCUGCGGCCGCCACUUCUCCUUCUCCUGCUGUUGUGAUGAGCGAAUCUGGCCCGUUUCAGCUCAGAGCAGAGCCAAGCCCUAGCACCCUACGGACAUUAGCAGUGGCAGCAGUGGCAGCACCACCACCAGCACCAGUGGCGGCAGCAGCAGCAGCAGCAGCAGCGGUUGUGCAUGUGCAACAAGCUGCCGCUCCCCUUGCUGCCGCACCAUCGGCACCAGCACUCAUAGCACCGGCUGCUACCCCUGCAGCAGCAGUGGUAGGAGGAGGAGGACCUAUAAGCAUGGGGAGUGAGAGCAUGGGCGCAGUAGCGCUUGGGAUGGAAGCAAGCGACAGGCUGCUGCUGCAGCAGCAGCAGCAGCAGCGGCUGAAGGGGGUGCGGCUGCGCAAGUGGGGCAAGUGGGUGUCGGAGAUUCGCGAGCCGGGCAAGCGCAGCCGCAUAUGGCUGGGCACCUUCGACAGCGCUGAGGCCGCAGCAGAGGCCUAUGACGUGGCCGCGUUCAGGCUGAGGGGCUCCAAGGCGUUCCUCAACUUCCCCGCCAGGCUCCAGACCAACCUGCAGAUGGCUCUGCCCGGGCUGCCCCCCUCUGCCUCCUCCCCCAACGGUCUCUUCUCCUACGCGCCUGCGCCCCCCCAACCUCCUGCCUUCCCCCGCUCUCCCUCCACCCCCACCCAACCCUCCGCUGCUGCUGCUGCAAUGGCUGUAGUCUUUGCAGAGCCAAGGGGGGGUGGGUCUGCUGGGGGGGGUGGGGGGGCUGGUGGUGAUUAUGGUGCUGGUGGUGCUGCUGCUUAUGCUGGUCCUGGCGUUGGUGGCAGCAAUGCUGCUGUUGCUUCCGACACCAAAUUACAGUUGGCACGAGAACAGUUUCAGCAGCAGGAGUUACACCAGCAGCAGCAGCAGCAGCCACAGCAGCAACAGCAACAGCAACUGCAACAGCAGCAACAACACCAGCAACAGCAGCAGCAGCAACAGCAACAGCAACAGCAACAGCAACAGCAACAGCAACAGCAACAGCAACUGCAACUGCAACAGCAGCAACAACACCAGCAACAGCAGCAGCAGCAACAGCAACAGCAACAGCAACUGCAACAGCAGCAACAACACCAGCAACAGCUGCAGCAGCAGCAGCAGCAGCAGCAGCAGCAGCAGCAGCAACAACCAUCCUGGCAAAAUCCACAGCAACAACAGUUGGUGCAGCAGCAGCAGCAGCAGCAGCAGCAGCAGCAACAGCAACAGCAGCAUCUGCAGCCGUCGCAACAGUUUCAAUCACAGAGCAUUCAGCAGCCGCAUCUGCAGCAACCAGCACAGGCAAUUGGGUUCCAGUCUUUGUUUUUCCAGCCGCAACAGCAGCAGCAGAUAGGGUUUUUUGUGCCGCCACAGCAGCAAGCACAGCAACAGCUGCAGCAACAACAGCAGGUACAAUAUCCGCCUCAGGAGAAUCAGCAGCAGCAGCAGUUGCAACAGCAGCAACAGUUUCAGCAGCAGCAGCAGCAACAGUUUCAGCAGCAGCAGCAGCAACAGUUGCAGCAGCAGCAGCACCACCACCACCAGCAGCAGCAGCCGCCGUCUCAUCCUCUGACUGGAAACAUCCCAUUCCCAUCGCCUCUCACAUCCCUCAAUCCGCCCGCCUCUUCACACCCCACACCCCCUGCCCCUGCCCCUGCCUCUGCCGCUGCUCCUGCUUCUGCCUCUGCCUCUGCAACCCCGCCUGCCCCUGCCCCUGCCCUGGCGUCUUCAGUCCCAGCUGUCUUCAUGGCCCCGUAUCCCUUCUACCCGCCUGCCAGCGCGUCUCCCGCCAGCACCUUCUCCAACACCUACUCUGCCACCUACUCUGUUCCCUCUGCCACGUCGACCAGUGUCGCUGCUGCUGCUGCUGUUGCCGCAGCUGCAGCUGCAGCAGCAGCUGCUGCUGCAUCUACCACCUCAGGACCUGCUACUACUGCUGCAGCUUUGGGUGCUGGUGGUGCUGGUGGUGGUGGUGCUGCUGCUGCCAGUCCUCCUGCGUAUCCCUUCCAUCUUGCGGCCAUUCCAAUCCCCUCUCCUUUCCCUCAUCCCCCUGAUGCUUCAGCACCUCUGUUUGGGGGCACACCUACCCUUGCCCCCACCCCUCCGCACACCCUUUCCGCCCCCUCCUCCCUGCCCCCACCUCCUCUCACCCCCUCCACCACGCCCACUGCGUCUUCCUCUCUCUCCUCCACACCCUCGCUUCCUUCUCUUGCCCCUCCCUCCACCCACCCUGCCUUCCUAUCCUCUCACUGGGCUUUGGCAGCGGCGGCUGCUGCUGCUGCUGCUGCAGGUUCUGCCCCUGCUUCUGCCCCUCCUGCUGCUAUGCCAGGACAAGUCCCAAUCCCAGCGCCAGUGGCAGUGCCUGUGCCUGUCACAGCCUCAGGCCGCAUGGAUAUCCCCCCGCAGUUCGUGCAUAUUCACACAGCAGCCGCAGCAGCUGCGGCGGCAGCGGCAGCAGCAGCGAGCGGCUCUCCUGCAUGGCUCACAUCAUCUGCCAUCCGCCCAGUAGCCAGCAAUGCGCUGCAGGGAACUCAUGGGUCUACUGCUGCUGUUGCUGUUGCUGCUGCCGGGGAUGCUGCUGGUAGUGCUGCUAGUGGGGGUUUCCUACACAUGGGGCUAUCUACUACUACCACACCGCAAUCCCAACUCACCCCCCCUCACUCUCAUUCUUUCUCUGUCCCUGCUGCCUCAUCCACCUCUCUUCCUGUGUCAUCCGCCUCAGCCGUUGCUUCUCCGUCUCUCUCCACCCCCGCCCCUCUUGCAUCCCCCUGGCUCCCUCCCUCUCCCUACUUCCCAACUCCCCCGACCCCCCAAGCCCUCCCGCCAUCCUCUUUUGCCCCCCCGUAUGCUGCCAGUUCAGCAGCAGCAGGGGGGCUGGGAGCAAGGGCAGCAUCAGGAGCAGGGGCAGGAGCUGCGGCUGCGACAGAGCCUGCUCCGCCUCUGGGAUCCUUAAGCCAUUCAGCAGCAGGGACGAGAGGGCCGGAAGCAGGAACAGGAGGAGGAGUAGCAGCAGCAGUUGGAACGGCAGUGUCAUUGUCAGCAGGUGUGUCCACCUCAGGCUCUUCUGAUCCUCCUCCUCCUCCUCCACUUGCCGCACCAGGCACAGCAGCAGCAGCAGCAGCGGAGGGGGGAGGGGCGCUAAGAGCGGGCACACAGCAGGGGGCUUUUAGUGUGUUGGCCCCUCGUUCCUAUGCGGGUAGUGGGCUACUGGGUAGCCCUGGUUUGGGGCCAAGGCUCUCGGGCAGUAGAGAGGGGUUUCUUCCCUGGGGGGGCAGUCCAGGGGGGCAACUUAACCCCCAACAGCAGCAGCAGCAGGGAGUGAGCCAGGUGUUGGGCGGAGGAAGCAGCAGUGGAUUUGUGAAUGGCACUGCGGGUGCUGCUGCUAUGGGUGGUGCGCCUGUGGCUGUGACAGCAUACCGGCCUGUUCCUGUGCCUGGGAUGUUCUGUGUGGGGAACAUUCAGCCUUAUAGCGUCGGCAUGGAAGCAACAACUAGUGCUGCUGAAAAGCAACAGCAAUUGCAGCAGCAGCAGCAGCAGCAGCAGCAGACGCCACAGCAGGUAUCAUUUUUUCAGCAAACCUCUCGGUUUCUACACGAGCUAGCACCGCAACAGCAACCCCAGCCAUUUUGGCCACCACAACAACCGCAACUGCAGCAGCAGCAGCUGCAACAUAAUCAGCAUCAACAUCAGCAGCAGCAGCAGCAACAGCAACAGAAGCAACAGCAGCAGCAACAGCAACAGCAGCAGCAACAGCAGCAGCAACAGCAACAGCAGCAACAGCAACAACAACAACAACAGCAACAGCAACAGCAACAGCAGCAGCAACAGCAACAGCAGCAACAGCAACAACAACAACAACAGCAACAGCAACAGCAACAGCAGCAGCAACAGCAACAACAAUCAGCUCAGGUUCUCCCCACUGACCCACCUCAGUACCAGCAGCAUUGCAGCACAGUUGCUGCAUCAAGCCACCCUCCACAUCUCACGCCCUCACCCAUGAUUGUAGCCACACCUUUCCCGGUCCCCCUGUCGGUGGGUGGUCCCUCUCCCAUCCCUUUUCUUGGGCUGGGUCCCGGGAUGGUUGACUCGGCCACCUACCACCACCACCGUGCCACUGCCCCCCCACACAUAACAUCAGCGCCCCCACCGUCUGUGUACCAUUUCACAAUGAAUUGAGCUCGAAUUCGGUGGUUGGUUAUUUUUUUUCCUGUGGUGAAAGCAGGCACGGUUCCACAAUGGUACUGGUGCCACGUUGGUGGUUACCAUGCGUUCUGUGAGGAUGCAUGCAGGUAGGUGGGUAGACUAGACAGCUCAUUUUGUGCCUACAACGACUGUGCUUGCCUUUCACUUAAGAAUGGCAAGCCUUUAUAACCUAGGAGUUGGGAUAGACUGUAUAAUCAAAAGCAGCAGGAGUCUAUGAGUGCAGUUGUUC